AUGGCAAUUGACAAACCACAAGUGAAAGUGUUGGGUGUUGGCAUCAACUCAAUUCGUUCAUUAUUACGAGUGAUCAUUUUCAUUUCAAUUGCAGGUGCUGCAAUUUCAUCCAGAUUAUUUUCAGUCAUUAGAUUUGAAAGUAUUAUUCAUGAAUUCGAUCCCUGGUUUAAUUUCAGAGCUACUAAAUACUUAGUUUCCCAUUCAUUCUAUGAAUUCUUGAAUUGGUUUGAUGAUAGAACUUGGUAUCCUUUAGGAAGAGUGACUGGUGGGACUUUAUAUCCUGGACUUAUGGUUACUUCUGGGGCGAUUUGGCAUAUUUUAAGAGAAUGGUUAUGUUUACCUGUUGAUAUUAGAAAUAUUUGUGUUAUGUUAGCACCGGCAUUUUCAGGAUUAACUGCGAUUUGUACAUAUUUCUUCACUAAAGAAAUGAAGGAUUCAAAUGCUGGAUUAUUGGCUGGAUUUUUCAUGGGUAUUGCCCCAGGGUAUAUUUCAAGAUCGGUGGCUGGUUCUUAUGAUAAUGAAGCAAUUGCAAUUACGUUAUUAAUGGCAACCUUUUAUUUCUGGAUUAAAGCCAUGAAAUUGGGUUCAAUGUUCUUUGCAACUUUAACUGCCCUUUUCUAUUUCUAUAUGGUUUCGGCAUGGGGUGGUUAUGUCUUCAUUACCAAUUUAAUUCCAUUACAUGUUUUCGUAUUGAUUUUAAUGGGCCGUUAUAAUAAGAAAUUAUAUACUGCAUACACAACUUGGUAUGCUUUGGGUACUUUAGCCUCCAUGCAAAUUCCAUUCGUCGGUUUCCUUCCAAUUAGAUCAAAUGAUCAUAUGGCUGCAUUGGGUGUAUUUGGAUUAUUACAAUUAGUUGGUGUUGGUCAUUACGUUAAGAAUCAAGUUCCAUCUAGACAAUUCAGAUCAUUCUUAAUUGUUUCCUUAACUUUGGUAUUUAUUUUAGGUGUUGGAGCAUUGUUUGGAUUGACUGCAAUGGGUUGGAUCGCUCCUUGGACAGGUCGUUUCUAUUCUUUAUGGGAUACUAACUAUGCCAAGAUCCAUAUUCCUAUUAUUGCUUCCGUUUCUGAACAUCAACCUACUGCUUGGCCAGCAUUCUUCUUUGAUACAAGUAUGUUGAUUUGGUUAUUCCCUGCAGGUAUCUAUUUAUGUUUCCAAGAAUUAAGAGACGAGCACGUAUUUGUUAUCAUUUAUGGUGUUUUAUGUUCUUAUUUCGCCGGUGUUAUGGUUAGAUUGAUGUUGACUUUAACCCCAAUUGUAUGUGUUUGUGGUGCUAUUGCCUUAUCCAAAUUAUUUGAUGUCUAUUUGAACAUUGUUGAUCUUUUCUCAGAAGACGAAUCAGUUGAUGCUGAAAAGAAGACUACUAAAAAGACUAAAAAGGCAUUCCCACUUGCUGCCUUAUUAUCUAAAUUAGUUGUCUUGUUAUCAUUUGCCUUCUACUUAUUUUACUUUGUUUUACAUUGUACUUGGGUCACAUCUAAUGCCUAUUCAUCUCCAUCCGUGGUCUUGGCAUCUUCAAACCCAGAUGGGUCUCAACGUAUCAUUGACGAUUACAGAGAAGCUUACUAUUGGUUAAGAAUGAACACCCCAGAAGAUGCCAAAGUUAUGGCAUGGUGGGAUUAUGGUUAUCAAAUUGGAGGAAUGGCCGACAGAACCACUUUAGUUGAUAAUAAUACCUGGAACAAUACCCAUAUUGCCACAGUUGGUAAGGCCAUGGCCUCUUCUGAAGACGUUGCUUAUGAAAUCUUGAGACAGCAUGAUGUUGACUAUGUUUUGGUUAUCUUUGGUGGUUUAUUGGGAUAUUCUGGUGAUGAUAUCAAUAAAUUCUUAUGGAUGAUUAGAAUUGCUGAAGGUAUUUGGCCAGAUGAAGUUCGUGAAAGAGAUUACUUUACUGAAAGAGGUGAAUAUAAAGUCGAUCAAUCUGCUGCUGCAGCUAUGAAGAACUCGUUGAUGUAUAAGAUGUCCUAUUAUAGAUUUGCUGAAUUAUUUGGUGGUAGAGAUGGGAAUGAUAGAGUAAGAAAUCAACAAAUUCCUGCCUCUUCUCCAAUCGAAUUGAAUGUUCUUGAAGAAGCUUAUACUUCCGAAAAUUGGCUUGUGAGAAUCUAUAAAGUCAAAGACUUGGAUAAUGUCGGUAGAGACUUAAAGCAAGCAAGUGAAUUUGAAAAGAGGAGAAGUGAUGCUGGCUCAAAGAGGAGUAGAGUAAUCACCAGACCAAAGUUAGAGAUAAGAGAAUAG